GUUAUUUUUGAAACACCUGUCACAGGCGACAGUCGUACACAACAAUAAAUAAAUAAAAAAAUAUAAAAAUAGGAAAUUAAAAAAUUGUAAAAAAGAAAACAGCACCACCAUCGAAAUUUCCACUCACACAAAGAGAAAAGAUGAAGAUUUAUGAGGAGGUGAUAUAUACGGAUCAACUUCUGCACCACCGAACUGUGGGUAGCCAGAUCGAGGAGACGCGUCGAACUUGGGAGCAGCGGUGCUCAUGGUUUCCAACGGCCCAGAGGGAAUUUUACGGGCAUUAUGCCCAGAUUUACAAGGAGUGUUUGAGGACGUACGGCAACGAUCACUUCGAGUACUAUGCGAAAAGGAAUCGCCUGAGGGAAGAGUUUAGGCGCGAGACCAAAUCGUACAGAGAGAGUAAGACACGGGACUCUGAAAUAUCUAUGGAUCACGUAGCCCUUUACAAAGCGACUGCAACUUCCAAUGCAGAAUAUGGUAGUGUUCGGCCAAUGCUCCUCUUCAAGGCAUUUUAGAGCCUCAUCCCAUCCUCAAUCCGAACUUAGUCUGGCUUACAAGCUUUAGGGCAGGUGUACACUGUGCCGUUGGUUCCAAAGAGUAAACACGCAUAAAUGUGCUCCUCCGCCUAUAUACGUUUAGACCAAUAAAUCCUGUACAGUGUAAA